GUCGUUACUGUCAUUUCCGCCGCGGCGGGCGUCCUUUGCUAGUACCGCUUUCGUUCGUUCGUUAUGGCGGAUGUGCCCAAAAAGUCGGGGACCGCAGUUACGGGGCUGGCGGAGUGAGAACAGCUGGCCGCGGACACGGUUAAUACUGCGCCUAUUAACACGACGAGGCCUUGCAUUUUAGCCAUAGCGACGCCGGCGGUGGCGACGAGGAGACGUUCGCGUGCGAAAGGAAACAGCGGUAACAGAAGCAUGACGGACGCUGAUGUCAGACGGACUUGUUACCCUCGGGAAAGAUCGCACGAUGACGUCAUCCGCGCGAAUGGCACAUUCGGACAUUGUUGGCCGAGCGGACAUGAGACCAAACGCUCGGGCGAUGCAUUAAGGUUUCCUAUUACGAUAUCGAUCAGGCGUGCCAUUUGUGCAGGGCAACCCACGUGCAGUAAGGAUUUUUAGCAAACCCCUGUUCUUCCAACUUCCAUACAUUUUAAAAACCUUUUUGAUGUCAACAUGGAGUGCGGAGAGAACAUCCCGGCCCAAGACGAGCACCUCAAAUCGGACCGCUUGAAUCUCAGCGGACUGUACCAUGUGGGUCGGACCUUGGGAAGGGGCCACUAUGCGGUGGUCAAACUGGCUCGCCAUGUCAACACUGGGCAGCUGGUUGCUAUCAAGAUGAUUGACAAGACCAAACUUGAUGUCAUGGCAACAAGCCACCUCUUACAGGAAGUCAGAUGUAUGAGGCGAGUGCAGCAUCCCAACGUGGUCCGCCUUUAUGAGGUCAUCGACACACCCACCACCCUUUACCUGGUCAUGGAGCUGGCAGAAGGGGGCGACCUGUACGACUACAUCCUUCGCCAUGAGACUGGCGUUGCUGAGGGCACCGCCAAACGCCAUUUUGCCCAGAUUGUGCGUGCCGUGGCGUACUGCCACGAGCUUCACGUGGUGCACCGAGACCUGAAGCCAGAGAAUGUGGUGUUCUUUCCACAACAGGGGGCAGUGAAACUGACAGACUUUGGCUUCAGUAACUUAUUCAAACCUGGGACAAUGUUGGCCACCAGCUGUGGAUCCCUGGCAUAUUCCGCACCUGAGAUUCUGCUGGGAGAAGAAUAUGAUGCUCCAGCUGUGGAUAUCUGGUCUCUCGGGGUGAUCUUAUAUAUGUUAGUGUGUGGGGUUCCUCCCUUCCAGGAGGCCAACGACAGUGAGACUCUGGUAAUGAUUCUGGAUUGUCGUUACUCCAUCCCGGACCACGUCUCAAGCGACUGCAGAGAUCUGAUCUCCAGGAUGCUCCAGAGAGAUCCGUCACUGCGAGCGUCGCUGCAGCAGAUUGAGGCUCACCACUGGUUGCAGGGGCUGGACAGUGUGCUGCUCAGCCCAGAGGCCCCUCCCCAUUGGCUGUCGGGGGCCCUCUCGUCCACUUCGCCGCUCUCUCGAAUGGUCGAGUGCGGCGACCUGCUGGCCGCCAAGGCGAAGUCCUUGCCCGCGCCGCGGCAGGUCAACCUCGGCUACUCGCUUCACCCGCCGCCCGCCGACGAACCUCGCGUAACUAAGAAUCUCCCAGCUCUCCUGCAGAUCUGCGAGGAGGAGGAGGAGGAAGAAGAAGAGGAGGAGAGCAACCUGGCCAAAGAGUGUGAAGGUUUGUUGUCGUUGACUGUAACUGAGCCAGAGAAGGAAAUUGAGGUCGCGCUUGAAGGAGCAGACGACCAAGAGGAAAGGAAGGAAAAGCGAGGAAUCCCGGAGGAGAUGAUGGAGGAAGGAGCGGAGAUGGAGAUUGACCACACGCACAGCGCAUGUGUGAUUUCAUACCAACCACUGGGUCACAUAGACAAUCUCGUUAGUCGUGCGCCCGAGUCCCCCGCUUCGUGCGAGGCGGAGGCCGCUUUGAGGGUGCCCUGCUGCCAGGGCUGGACGGAGCCCACCGGCCCGGAGACUGAACCAAACAACAACUUCAACAAACCCGCCGCCUGCGUGACACCCAAGAAACAAAAGACAGGCCGCGGGGGGAAGAAGGACCAGAGGACAGACACGGGCGCGAGGGACGACUUUGUGACGGACAGAUCCCAAUCCCGCAACGCAACGGGGUCUUGGGACGAAGCCGCCGCCAGGACGGAGCCGACGGGGAAACGGCACAGCCUCAAACUGCGUGAGCGCCUUUUCCAGCUGCCUCUGUGUGAGAAAGCGUUGGCCUUCAACAUCCCAACAAACAACAAGGCCAAGAUCCUCCCGCUGGCUCAGUACAACUGUUGCCAUGUGCUCUAAAUGACACACACACUCCCAGCUGACUGAGCGUGGCUACAGGAAGUGCAGCAGAAAACACAAUUUGAAGUUCCAGUUUGUCGACAGCACGGUGGCGGCAGUGGAGUUCAUCAUCACCCACUCUGCUGUUUUGUGAAGGACUUCCCAACCAAACAAUGACUGUAGCAAGCACACUGUACAAGAGAAGAAGGCUUCACAGAAAGAAAAGCACUUGUUUCUUCUUCCGUUUGCACAACCCGCUUCUCUGGUUACAAACCUCUUAAUAUACGCUCAGAGACUGUUACAAUAUGUUAUGAUAUGCUAUACGCUAUAAUAUGCCUCUGACUGAGAUGAUUGUAUCAUUCUCUGUCCUCUUAAUGUUCCAUCCUUUGAUCACACGCCCGAAUCGCUUUUGAGUGUGCUGCAAAAACACAAACUGUUACUAAGAAUCUUUGUUCUUUCUUAUCAAAACUCAUCCGAUCGCACUUAAAAUAAGACUCCUCACCUAAAAAAGUAACUUUUUUUAAGCUCAUUUUUACUUGACAUAAGUUUAAAAAUUAAAAAAAAAAAUGUCAGUGGACUAAGGAGAAAAAAAAAAACUGAAGUGCAAUCAGUUAAGUUUUGAUAAAAUAAUACAAUUAUUCUUGGUAAGAUGUUGAGUUUUUACAGUGUGCUGUUGGGAAGUGCAGGUGUGUUGCUCAUCAUCAUGAGAACCGUGUGACUUGCUGCGCAUGCAGUUACUGUUAUUUAUCACCAUAUACCUCCGUGUUGUGUCUUGGCUCUCGCAGGACACUGCUGUUCUCCUCUCGUUACCCUGAUUGCACACAAUACAGUACAGCACCUGGUAGCUUCUUACUGUUCAUUUAGUAAUAGGAAUUCUGUUGCAUAUUGGCAGGAGUCACUCCAUGAGGAUUUGUUUUGCCAUGCGUACGUUCUGUAUUUUCACAUCCACUCAUGUCUUAUUUGAGGUCGAGAUGAUAAAUGUAGAUACAUUUUGUACAGUGACAAGGGCCAAAGCUGUAGAAUAAGCUACUGUAUUAUAUAUAGAUAUAUAUAUAUAUGUACACACACACACACACACACCGUAUAUAUGUAGUCUCCCUGUAGCCUGCAGAGCAGCGUAUCUGUAUUCAUUUCUGCAGUUUAAUGCCUGAAUUGGGUAUCCAACCUAUGAUGAUCCCAUCAUAUGGUCCCCGCUUAUAGAAAGAGCGUGAAAUCUGAUUAUGGCUCGUAUUUCAGCAGCAAUGUAAGCGUAACAUUUGUACCAAGAACAGAUUAUAUAUGGUAGUGAUUAUUCCUAUACAGUUGCAACCUGCCUCUCCCUGCUGUGUUAUGUUGUCUACUGCUUUCGAAUUGUAGGCCCUAGUCUCUCUGCAGCCCUGUACUUAUUUUUCUGUAUUUAUUUAUUAAAACUGAUUAAAUCCGUGGAA